GAGAAGUCAGUCUGAAGCCAUCAGAGCGUGAUCAUGACCAUCCUGCAAAGCUUCAUCUUCUUCCUCCUCUCUCUGCAGAUCAGAGAUGGCUGUACUGUCGAAGCAGCAACACUUUAUGGAGCAUCUGGAGAAAACAUCUCAUUUAUGUGCCUCUUUCACUCAUUUGGAACCUUGAAGAUCCUCUGCAGAGAAACCUGUGAAGGAGAAAACCUCCUCAUUAGAACAAGUGAUGACACAGCUCAGAGUGGACGAUACACUAUUAAAUACAUUAGAGAAGCUUCUAGAACAUACUCAGUUCUGUCUGUGAGCAUCUCAGAGCUGACCCAGUCCAACUCAGGACUGUACAGAUGUGGUUUAGGCGACUCCUCAUCAUCAGCUUCAUACCAGGACUUCAGACUUGUUGUUGCAGAAGCUGUGCUGGAUGGAAACAAGGAUCAUCACUUCUAUAAAGAACCUGGCAGCUCACUCACAGUCAUCUGUUCCUUUGGUUCCUCUGGAAGAACAAAGUCCUUCUGCAGAGGAGGAUGUAGAGAAGAAGAGGUUCUUGUUCAGACAGAUGGAGACAGAGCUCAGAGAGGCAGAUACAGCAUUGAAUAUGAUGCAGGACCAGCCUCAGGAGCAGUUCUGUUGGUGACCGUCACACAUCUGACCCAGUCUGACUCAGGACGGUACAGAUGUAGGAUGGACAAAACCUUAUUAGCAGAUUUAUUCAGAGAUUUCAGCAUCACUGUUACAGAAGUUGACCCAUCAAUCUCCACACCACCAACCACACAGAGUUUAUGCUCCAGUUUAGCUUCAGUUUUCUCUAAAACCACAGAUGUGACUCUGGAGAACACAACAACAUCUAAAGGUUCUUCUUUUCAAACAUCUGCAAACGUUCUGUGGAUGGCGCUGAUUCUGACCUUCACCAUGGUCCUGUUCUCUGUGGCUGUGCUGAUUUACUGCAAUAAAACAUUGGAUAAACCCCAAACAGGUAUCUUCAUCCAACCAGAGCAAGCUCCUGCCACUGAACUGAGGCUCAGUAGAAUGCAUGAAGACGACAGAGGGGGGGAUGAAGAGUGGAGAUAUGUGGAUGUGGAUAUCUACUUAACUUACUGUGAAACCUCAAACACUGACACUUUUCAGCACAAAGCUGAAGAUGAAUCAAGUAAAAGCAACUACACAGAGGUGAAGAUCUCAAGCAGAAGCUCAGCCUCUCCUGUCAGAGGUCCCUGUAAAAACAUUCACAGUGUUGUCUACUCUGCCCUACAGAUGGAUGUGAGCUCUGACAGCUGCCAUGCUGUGGAGGAUCUCCUCUAACACAGAUGACCUUCCCACAGCAGCAGACACGCUUACUGUAACAUGUCAAAAUGAAGAUGAUUGAAAGAUGAAAUAAUCUGAAGUAAAAUAAAAAAAUAAAAAGGUUUUUGUAUAUAUAUUAAACAUCAUUUUUGUCCAUCUGACAUUUUUCU